AUGGACCACGUGGGACCCACCCGGAGCCCCGGACAUUGCCAACACCAGCAUAUGGAAGAGGGACACUGCCGCCGCAAUGGAUUCAUGGGACAAGGCUGCGGAAGGCUAAGAUCACUUAAUCACCGGUUUCCUGGAUUAAACAAGAGGACAAACCCUUUGUGCGAUCUCUCACAGCCUCACACAAUGUCAUUCAACAGCUAUUCAUCAAAAUUAUAUGAUAUUACUGACAUUCAUUAUGCAGUUGCUUUCCUCAAAGUACCUGUUGGAGUCAUUGGACUUAUUGGAAAUGGAAUAGUAAUUUGGCUUCUCCAUUUUUGCAUAAAAACAAACCAGGCGACAAUCUACACUCUCAACCUGGCAUUGGCAGAUUUGAUCUAUUUGCUGGGCAGCAUUAUUAUUUCUUUGAUUACAGGAAACCUUACUGAUAAUAUGCAGGUUUAUACAGCUAUGAAAAUACUAAAUAACUUAGGGUUUAACUGUAGCCUCUUCCUGUUGUCUGCACUCAGCACUGAGCGAUGUCUAUCAGUUUGUUUUCCUAUCUGGUACAAAUGUAAUCGUCCUCAGCACCUGACGUCUAUUACUUGUGGUGUAAUUUGGGUCCUGUCUCUGGUUACAUCUAUUGUAGAAGAAUUACUCUACUCUAAAAGCCCCUAUUUUGUCUACAUAACAUCAGCCGUGUACAUUACAGUAUCCGCUAUAACAAUAUUUUCCAGUGUUGUACUUCUUAUUGAGAUCCAGAAGAGAUCAGAAGCUUGUCGGCCGAUAAAGCUCUAUAUUGUAAUUGUUGCUAAUAUCGUCUCCUUCUUUGUGUCACUGGUCUCUGUUAAAGUUGCACAUAUUUUGCUUUUUUUUAGAUCUGUUAGUCCUUUCACUAACAUCAGAUUACAUAUGGUGACUUCUUUGUGCGCUGUUAUCAACUCCUGCGCCAACCCAUUCAUCUACAUCUUGGUGGGGAGUUGGGGAAAGAAUUCUUCCAUCAAGGAGGCUCUGGAGAAGGUUUUUAAAGAGGAGGAGGGAAAUUCAACUGAAAUAGUAACUGUCUCUGGGGGCACUGAUAGCCAAAUAUAG